CCGGCGGCUGCGCGGGCACGUGGGCGCCGCUGUCACUCACGCGCAGGCUGAGCUUCGCGCGGCGGGAGCGGCGGCGGCGGCGGCGGCGGCGGCAGCGAUGGGACCCCAGCGAGAGAUCUGCAGCUAGGCCAGCUGCACUUGCUCCACGGGUCAGGGGAUCGGAGGCCAGGAUUGAAGAAUGUACUGCUAAAAAGAAAGUUCAAAGAGCAAACAACUGCAGAGGGAGCAGAGAACUUCAAAGCCCAGGGACUGAUGCAGGUGGUGCUGUUGUUCCAGCCGGGAAGAAUGAGUUCUUGCAGCGGCAGUGUCUGUGGGUCCCAGCAGGUGCAGGCUGCCCCUGAGGGCGGCCCCCAGCGCUAUGGAGUGCGGUCCUACCUGCACCAGUUCUACGAAGACUGCACUGCCUCCAUCUGGGAGGACGAGGACGACUUCCAGAUCCAGAGGUCACCCAACCGGUGGAGCUCCGUGUUCUGGAAGGUCGGACUCAUCUCGGGCACGAUCUUCGUGAUUCUCGGAUUGACUGUCCUGGCGGUGGGCUUUCUUGUGCCCCCCAAAAUCGAAGCAUUUGGCGAAGCCGACUUCGUGGUGGUCGACCGGCACGCCAUGCAGUUCAACAGCGCCCUCGACCUGUGCAAGCUGGCGGGAGCUGUGCUCUUCUGCAUCGGGGGCACCUCCAUGGCUGGGUGCCUGCUCAUGUCAGUGUUCGCAAAAAGCUACUCCAAAGAAGAAAAAGUGCUUCAGCAGAAGUUUAAAGAGCGAAUCGCCAACAUCAAGGCCCACACCCCACCCAUUACCAAGGCUCCUGGCCCAGGGGAAACAAAGAUUCCAGUCACUUUGUCCAGGGUGCAAAACGUCCAGCCUCUCUCUGCAACCUGACACGCCCCCUACCCGCUCUCCCCACUCUGAUUCACACACACUGUUAAAAGGAGGAGGCCAGCUUCCCAGGUGACAGAUGGGCAUUGGCCACCCCAGGCGUGUUUGGUAGGGGGCAGCUGGCCUAGUGCAGAGCUCACACUUGCUCAGCUCAGGUGGCACUGGCGAAGGUUGCAGCCAGGUGUUAGUCAGUGCACACUCACCCAGCUGCAUAGGACGGGUGCUCUGUGUCCCCACCAGGAGCCCCUCCGCAGCUCCUCUCCAAUAUUGUGGCUUUGUGUUCCUUUCUGUGUCAUCUGACCAGCCACCCAUGGCUGACUUGGUCCGUCUUACUUUCUAAUACUGGUUUUUCCAAUCCUGCGUGGUGCUGUCUUCCACCCUGUAUCCCUGUGUGCAAGAUAGUGUCCUGUGUGUUCAUAGAAACAUGGAGUUCCCUGACUUUGACCCAGACAUUAGUCUUUCAACCAUAUCUUAACAUGAUGUUCCUGAGAUUGGAUACAAAUUUAUGAGUGUUCUGCAUAAAUCUUUUGGUUUUCUCCACUUUUUUUUUUUUUUUCAUUUCAAAUGCUAAAAUCACCAACUUUAGAGUCUUGGUGGAAAAAAUUAAUAUUAGGAGUAUCCAAAAGCAAUGUCCAAAGGCAUUGAAUUAGAAGCCAGGAAACUUGAGUUCCUACUACUCACUAGCUGUGUGACGUUGCAGAAAUUAUUUAGAUUCCUAAGCCUCAGUCUCCCCAACUGUACAAUGGCUCUAUGGGCCUUCCCUACUGAAAUAUCUGAGAUUCUCUUUUUUGCCAGGUGUCCUCAAGUCUCUCUCUCCCGCAAGAAUGUUAAUGUGGUUCUUGUGGCUCUCACUAUGGCAGGACUUUUUUCAGAACUGAUCUCCUGGAAAGUCACCAAGUCUGCCAGCUUCUCACUACCUACCUUAAGUAUCCAACCCCAGCAAUUUAUACCAUGCUGUCGUAUUUUUAUAAAGACAAAAGUAAGCCAUCCUCAAAGAAGAAACCCCUGGGUGGAUAGUGACCUUAAAAAGGGGUUUUGUUCUCAAAUAAGAUGUGUUAUUCUCCAGCAAGACAUCCCCUAUGUCCCUUGCAGCCCUUACUCUGUGGCUUUAAAUUAGACUAAGGAAAAUGAGAGGCGUGACCUUGGUACUCUCUCGAAACCUGUGCCACCUUAAGAGUUCUGUCCUUUCCUGUCCCCUUCACUGGAUAAAUAAAGUAUGUGAACG